AUGCCAUUCAGGAAGCACGAAUGCAUAGCGGACAAGUCGUUCGAAGACAACACAGCCUCAACAUAUGCUGGCGGCAAUAGCAACGAGAGAGUCUCUAAUGAGAGGGUCUCGAAUGAAAGCGACAUCGAGGCUGGCGUUCAAGUCAAGCCUGCCGGACCUCGCCAGAAGCAUCCAACGGACAGUAUCAGUGGACAUCAGAUCUUUUACAUCUUUGGACUCGACGGUGUUGGUGCUGCAGUUCUCUCCGGGGGCAUAAAUUUUGCUAUCGCUUACGGUAAGGCCCCUCAACACUCUGCUGAGCUUAAGCUUUUGGCGAACCAAGCAGCAACAUGA